AUGCCCCUGCCCCGUAGGGGAGGGGAACAGCGCCUGACCGGCGCCCGUGUGCUCCAGACUAGCCUCCCGCGGGCGACACCCCGCUCCCCGAGGCGGGUCGGCCGAGGGACCCCACUGUUGAGCCAUGCGCAACGCCUCACCCGGCGACGCCAUUCCUCUGAGCAGGUCCCACCGGAGACCAAGCAGGCGGACUUCCGCUCCGGGGUUGCCAGGAUGGGCUCCCGGCAAAGGAUCUGUGGUACAGAAGAAGUAGUGAUCCCUUGUGCUUCGGACAGUGACUCAGGAAGUGUGGACCUACAGCUGAACAACCUAGAAGACAUUCAGAAAGACGUACCUAGUGUGGAAGAACUUACAGAUACGGACAUCUCCGACAUCCCUGGACUCACUGAGGAGCCCCUUCAAGAUAACCUCAGACCCCUAGCUCCCCGGGCACCCCUCAAUGAGGACAGUGUUGAGAGGCUGGUUCUGAACAUCCAGGAGAUUUUACAUGGUGAAAAGGGUGAGCUUGAAAAGUUGGAGUUCCUAAGAUCUUUGUCUUCUUUGAGUCAAACGUUGCCUUAUUAUGAAACCACGGAAUCAUUUAUUCACCGCCACACGGCAGAAAUAGUGCAUGUUCUAAGUGCGCUGCUACAAGAGGAGCCUCUGCACUCUCUCUCCAGCCUGGUGCGCCGUGAGCUCAUUGUCACCAUCACUGACCUCAGUUACCAAGAUGUGCACCUGUUGUUCGGCUCUGAGGACCGAGAGGACUUGCUUGCUCUUAUCACCAAAAGCAUCAUUUGUCUGCCUGCCACAGGCACCCCUGCCUGCCUGCCAAGCACAGUGCCAAACCAGAGCAGCGAGCGAGAGUGUCUCUACAGGCAGACGUUCCAGGCCUUUUCUGUAAUGCUACAGAGUCAGGUAUUAAAAGACCCACAUCUGGAAAAUUUUGACAGCAUUUUUAAGCACAUAGACCCCUGGUUACAGUCAGAAAAAGACCAUGAACGGAAACGGGCUGCAGCCAUCAUGGCCCAGGUCCUCAAGUGCUUGCUGAGUUAUCUCAGCCUGAAGCUUCCGCUGCAGUUCCAAAGGCUUGGGCAUCUAGUGGCUGUGAUGGCUUUGCUGUGUGGCGACCCCCAGAAAGAGGUGGCUACGGAGGCUGCAGAGGGAACACACUACCUGCUUCAGAUCACCCUGCGACUGAAAUACACCAUACAGGACAGAAGCAGUGGCAGGGCCUUGAGAGAUGCUCUGAGAAGAUGCAGGGAGCUGUUGGAGCACUACAGCGUCAAAUGCUUCUACUGCUGUCCCUUCAAAAUCAUCCAGGUCUUUGAAGUUUUCCUUGAUUCUCAAGAGCUCAGCCAGUUCAUAAUGACUAUUUUGGACAGCCUGAGAAGCCUGCCACAUCCCUGUAUCCAGCAGACAGCAGGAGAGUUGCUGAUAACUUUGGUGAAAAGUGCAGAGGCCCGAUUUGAGAAGGUGCCAGAAAUAAUAGGCGUUAUCUGUGCCCGGCUGUCAAUAAUCACGCUGCCUAGUGUCCGGCAACAAAUCACAAGUACUGUGAGUUUGUUUCUCUCCAGUCCUAAGUACACAGAUGUAGUGCUCAGCCACCUCCUAUGCCAUCCAGUGCCAUAUGACAGGCAUCUGGCUGAGUUGUGGAGAACCUUGAAGGUGGAACUGACCAGCACAACCUGGGUCCUAUGGAGGCUCCUGAGGAAGCUGCAGAAAUGCCAUAAUGCGCCCACCCAGGCGAAGAUGGCCUACGUGGCUGUUGCUGUAACAGAUGCUCUUUAUGAGGUGCUUAUGGGAAACAGACUUCGAGCAGCUGCAUUCCGGCUCUUCCCUCAGCUUCUGAUGACGCUGCUCGUCCAGACUCACCACAGCAUCGGCCUCACCAUGUCUGAUGUCCACAUCCCAAGUGGCCUGUAUGCAGAGCAGGAGAUUCCAACAGACGUCACCCCAAUGUGCUUUGCUAUACAAGCGACAAAGACCCUCCUCCUCAGAACACAGUGCUGGCAGGAAUUCGGCAUCAUGGAGAAGAGCAGCGGCUGGAACCUUCUGACGGGAGAAAGCCAUCUUCAGGGAGUGUUCCUCCUCGCCAAUGCCCUGCUGGAAAGAAAUCAACCCUUUGCACAUAAGACCUUGUACUUGUUAGUCCCUUUGAUUAACCGAGGGAAUAUUAAACAUAAGAUUACAUCAGCAGCCUUUUUUGUGGAGCUCUUAAAGAGUCCAGUGGCCAGGAGACUGCCCAGGGUCUACUCCACUGUCCGCCUGAGGGACUGGCUAUGUGAUGACAACAACCUCUUCAGGAUCAUUGCACUGAGGGGACUGCACAAUCUGGUCAGACACCGAGAGAUGAGAGAAGACGUCAGCAGCCUGCUGCCGUGCAUCUUAGAUCGCCUACAUGAGACCGACGAGAGGAUCGUUUUGUUGGCCAUCCAGACACUCCUGCAGCUUGUCAGGAUGCUGGACUCCACCACCUUGGCUGCCAUGAUGCAGACUCUGCUCUCCUUAUUCGGUGAUGUGAGACGAGAUAUUCACCAGAACUCCAUGACUCUUUUCGGAGCCUCCAUCAAGUCUGUGAAGAGCACGGAAAAGAAGAGUGUGGAAACCCAAGUCCUGGGAAGCCUGGUCCCCCUGCUUCUCUUCUCUCAGGAUGAGGACAGUGACAUCGCUGAGGAGAGCAGACGAGUCCUAACUCUUUGUGCCUGGUUCCUGAAGUGGAAGCUGCCCCCAGAAGUGUACUGCAAAGACCCCUUCUACAUCAAACCCAAUGAAGCUGGAAGGGUCUGCAGAUUCUUUGGAGAAAAAUGCAAGGGGAAAAUAAACAUCCUAGACCAAAUACUAAUGUGUUCCAAGGAGUCAACACUUCCCAUCAGAAGAACAGCUGUCUUGUUUAUAGGGCUCUUAUCAAAGUAUACGGAUCCCAGUGAGCUCACGAUGCAGGGUACUGAGUGGAUAGAGAGCCAUCUGAGAGCAUGGCUACAAGACCCUGAGCCCUCUUUGCGUCUCCUCGCCUCCCAGGCUCUGUUCCGAAUCCAGAGGGUGGGGUCUGAGUCACAAUCCAGAGUUUCCUGGCUGAGGAAGCUCUUGGGCUGUCUUUAUACUUAGAA